AUGCUGGUGCUCAACGUGGCCUUCGACCGUCUGCGGAGCGUGGUGCCCGCGCUGCGAGGCGAGCGGAAGCUCUCCAAGGCGGAGACCUUGCAGAUGGCCAAGAUCUACAUCUCCAUGCUGAGCGAGCUGGUGCAGGAGGUCGGCGCCGGCGCGCCGGGGAGAGAAGCGGCAAGCCAGGCUCCUACGACGCCACCCGGAAGCGACGGAAGCCGAUCGCCUCCCGCUGCCUUCCCAGGAUCACCAAACUGAUCCUGCGUAGCAGGGACCUGCUGCGGCGGAGUGGAUCCCUGCCCCACAACCCCUUGCAAAAACUGCUCUCGCAAGGAGAGGUGCUUAUGCCUAGACAAGCGCGCAGGACUUCGGCUGCAGCCUUCUCCGCCCCGUCAAAAACCCCUGA